AUGGCUCCCUUGUACAAAAAGACCCUCGUGCUGGGUGCCUCGUCAGGCAUAGGGGAGGCCCUUGCCGCCAAGCUCAUCGCCACAGGCACCAAAGUCAUCGUCGUAGGACGUCGGCGCGACAAUUUGGAAUCUUUUGUUAGCAAGCAUGGUCACGAAAACGCCAGGGCUGUCGUGUUUGACGUCACCAAUCUGUCCUCUAUCAAAGAGUUCGCCGAAUCUAUCAUAGAAUCUGACCCAGAUCUUGAUUCCGUCGUGCUAAAUUCGGGCAUCCAGAGAGGCUUUGACUUUUGCAACCCUGAAUCUAUGGAUCUCAGUGUUCUUGGCGAUGAGCUCACGACCAAUUAUACAUCUGCCGUUUAUCUAACUGCAGCAUUUAUUCCUCAUCUGAAGAAGCAGGCCAGCGGACAUCUCAUCUAUGUCAGCGCAACUCUCGGCCUGAUUCCCUCCAUGGUGCGCACGCCUAACUACAAUGCUUCCAAAUCUGCGCUGCAUACGUUUAUCCUCAAUGUGCGUCAGCAGCUUGUUGAUGGCGGAGCAGGGCAUGUGCGCAUGGUAGAGGUGUUUCCACCUGCUGUGCAGACCGAGUUGCACGAUGAGAAGCACCAGCCUGAUCUUGUCAACGGUGGUCAGAUUGGAAUGCCGCUUGGGGAGUUUGUGGAUAGGAUGUAUGAGGGGCUUGAGAAGGGGGAUGAUCAGUUUGCUAUUGGGCCGGGUGAGCCGUUGUUGGCGGAGGAUGGGUGGGAGACGCAGAGGACUAAGCUGUAUGAGAAGGGACGGGGGGGCAUCCAAAAGUCUUUGGCCAGUUAUCUGAAAAAGUGA